AGUCGACGAAUCAGACCAUAAACAAACAGACACAUGCACCAAUGCCGCCUAAACUGAACCUCCCUCUUGUCUGAAUCAAACUGCCCGUAAAUCAUUGUCUGAAGAUAUAUCAAGCAUUGAACAAACAACAAUAAGCAAGAAAAUGGUGCUCUCGUCUCGAAUAUUAGCUCUUUCCUACCACCCUGCUUCGCCACAACUUUUUAUAUAUAAUAAUAAUAUUAAUUCUGCCUUGUUGACCUUCAGACCAAACCUCAAAACCAACCUCAAAUGUCGAUCCAUGCCGUCCGAUUAUGAUUCUUCUUCUUCUUCUCCGCUUGAUUCCGAUUCACCUGAAACAAAUGUUUCUGGCUUCUGUAUCAUUGAAGGACCUGAAACAGUGCAGGAUUUUGCCAAAAUGGAAAUCCAAGAAAUUCAAGAUAAUAUCAGGAGCCGUAGGAAUAAGAUAUUUUUGCAUAUGGAGGAGGUUCGCCGGUUGCGGAUACAACAGAGAAUAAAAAAUGCAGAGCUUGGAAUCUCUAAUGAAGAACCAGAAACUGAACUUCCAAAUUUUCCUUCAUUCAUUCCAUUUUUGCCUCCUCUAACCUCAGCAAACCUUAAGCAGUACUAUGCUACUUGCUUCUCUCUUAUUGCUGGAAUUAUAAUAUUUGGUGGCCUCCUAGCACCAACAUUGGAACUGAAGUUGGGAAUAGGAGGAACAUCUUACGCGGAUUUCAUCCAAAGCAUGCACCUUCCCAUGCAGUUGAGUGAGGUUGACCCCAUCGUGGCAUCAUUUUCUGGAGGAGCAGUUGGGGUUAUCUCAGCGUUGAUGGUAGUUGAAAUUAACAAUGUAAAACAGCAGGAGCAGAAGCGGUGCAAGUACUGUCUAGGAACAGGAUAUCUUGCUUGUGCUCGUUGCUCAAGUAGUGGAGGUCUUGUUCUGAUUGAACCAGUUGCAACAGCGAGUGCCGGGGACCAGCCUUUAUCACCACCUAAAACUGAAAGAUGUUCAAAUUGUUCCGGUGCAGGAAAGGUUAUGUGCCCUACUUGUCUGUGUACAGGGAUGGCGAUGGCAAGUGAACAUGACCCGCGGAUCGAUCCAUUCGACUAAUAGUUUUCCUACACAUACAUACCAGCUUCAAAUAAUUUGUAUAUAAUGUAGUGUAGGCAUAACAAUGUCAGUAUCACCCAUGUAUCUCAUUAGUAAUAUGUAAUUUUUCCUCGACUGACUAUUGUAAUUUGUAACUUAUGUAAGUGUAAAAGAAACUUGUAUUCCCUCUGUUGAUAUUUACAAGUUUCAUCUCCA